AUGGAGAGAGAUCGCCCGAAAAUAGUGUUGAUCAUUGGUGGAACUGGUAAAGUUGGCCGCCAGCUCACCAAGCUCUUUGCGGCGACGCCAGUUCAGGUCUAUCAAGCCUCCCGCAAAGGGUCGACGACGACAGAGGCGGGUGCCGAGAACAUCAAACCGAUUGCCUUCGACUGGGACGAUGAGAAGACAUGGAACACGGUUCUGGAAGUUGGCGCGACGAGCGUAUUCCUGGUGGCGCCACCAGGGGGUCCUUUGCCGCCGGUGGAGUUGUUCAUUGAUCAGGCGCGACUCAAGGGACAUGUGAAGCGAUUCGUUCUGCUGAGCGGGAGUCCAGUCGAGCCGGAUAUCAAUAGUCAGGGGAUGGGUCGACCUCAUGCCUAUCUAAAGCAACUUGGUGAGAAGGGCGAAAUGGAAUGGGCAGCGAUCAGACCGACAUGGUUCCAACAGAACUUUGCGGAAUUAGAAAACUACCGCGGCUCUAUUGUGAAAGAAGGUGUUAUCUACUCUGCCACCGGGGACGGAAGGAUUCCCUGGGUUGCGACAGAGGAUAUUGCUGCGUGUGCUUUCCAGCUACUUACCCAAAAGAGUGCUCCAAACGACGAGUAUUUGAUUCUUGGGCCCGAGCUACUCAGCUACGGCGAUAUCGCCGAGGUCCUUUCCAAAACUCUCGGCCGCGAGAUCACGCACAAGAACCUCUCAGUUGACGAGCUUGUGGAUUACUAUGUUCGACAAGGUCUUCCUACGCAUAUUGCAGAGAUGCUAGGCAACGCAGACUUGGCUAUUAAAAACGGGAGUGAGGACCGGAUGAACAGCGUUGUUGUCGAGCUGAUAGGGAAACGCCCAUCACGAUUUAGUGACUUCGCGGAGAAGAAUAAGAAGACCUGGGCGUCACAAGCCUGA